AUGUCUGCCGCGGGCGCAUCACCCACGAGGCGGUCGCGCUCGACCUCGGCCACGACUAUCUCGCGCCGGAUCAGGCGCUCGCCGCCUAGCUGCUCCACGAACCGACGAGAAUCGGGGGACCACGAUGACUGCAACGCUCACUCACUGGAUCAACGGUGCCGCCCAAGCCGGCGCGUCUGCGCGCUUCGGCGAUGUCUACAACCCGGCUGCCGGCGAGGUGAUCGCGCGCGUGCCCUUCGCCGCGGCGUCCGAGGUCGACAGUGCCGUGCGCGCCGCGGCGGAGGCGCAGCCCGCCUGGGCCGCCACGCCGCCGUUGCGCAGGGCGCGGGUCAUCUUCGCCUUCAAGGAGCUGGUCGAAAGCCGCAAGGAAGAGCUGGCCAAGGUGGUGACGCGGGAGCACGGCAAGGUGCUGUCGGACGCGAUCGGCUCGGUGAGCCGCGGGCUCGAGGUGCUGGAGUUCGCCUGCGGCAUCCCGCACCUGCUGCGGGGCGAUUACACCGAGGCGGUGGGCACUGGCGUCGACAGUUUCUCGACCCGUGCGCCGCUCGGCGUGGUCGCCGGCAUUACGCCCUUCAACUUCCGCCAUGGUGCCGAUGUGGAUGUUCCCGGUGGCCAUCGCCUGCGGCAAUGCAGUUCAUCCUGAAGCCGUCGGAGAAGGAUCCCUCGGCCUCGAUGAUGCUCGCCGAAUGGUUGAAGGAGGCCGGCCUCCCCGACGGCGUGUUCAGCGUCGUCCACGGCGACAAGGAGGCGGUCGACGCCAUCCUCACGCAUCCGGACAUCGCCGCGGUGAGCUUCGUGGGCUCCACGCCCAUCGCCGAAUACGUCUACCAGACCGGCUGCGCCCACGGUAAGCGGGUGCAGGCGCUGGGCGGCGCCAAGAACCACGCGGUCGUCAUGCCGGACGCCGAUCUCACGAUGGCGAGCGACGCCCUCAUCGGGCGCGGCCUACGGCUCCGCCGGCGAGCGCUGCAUGGCCGUCUCGGUCGCGGUCGCGAUCGGCGACAAGGUGGGCGACGCGCUGAUCGAGGACCUGAAGCCCAAGAUCGACAGCAUCAAGGUCGGGCCCGGGACCGACGGCGAGGCCGACAUGGGGCCGCUGGUGACGAAGGCGCACUACGACAAGGUCCGCAGCUAUGUCGACAUCGGCGUCGAGGAAGGCGCCGAGCUGGUGGUGGACGGCCGCGACCUCGCCCUCCAGGGCUACGAGAACGGCUAUUUCAUCGGCCCCUGCCUCUUCGACCGGGUCACGCCCGACAUGCGCAUCUACAAGGAGGAGAUCUUCGGGCCGGUGCUCUCGGUGGUCCGCGCGCCCGACUACGAUGCCGCGCUUCGGAUGGUGAACGAGCACGAGUUCGGCAACGGGGUGGCGAUCUUCACCCGCGACGGCGACGCCGCGCGCGAGUUCGCGAACCAGGUCGAGAUCGGCAUGGUGGGCGUCAACGUGCCGAUCCCCGUGCCGGUCGCCUAUCACAGCUUCGGCGGCUGGAAGCGCUCGCUCUUCGGCGACCACGCCAUGCACGGCAUGGAGGGCGUGCGCUUCUACACCAAGCUCAAGACCGUGACCUCGCGCUGGCCGACCGGCAUCCGCUCGGGCGUCGACCUCUCCUUCCCCAUGAUGUCGUAGCGCGGCGGCCGGAAGCCGGCUGCCGUGAGCGAUAA